AUGCUAUGUGCACGAUCGGCAUGCUUUAAAUGUGGGCCAUGCAGACCAAAGUGGAUGAAAAUGGUUGAUAAUCUUUAUUCUGGGAAUCUUCAGGACACUAAUAAUCAUAAUAAGCUUAUCCACUAUUGCCUACAUCAACCAGAUAAACUGGAUCGGAUUGCUAGAUACCUACAUUUAAGGUUGGCUCAAGAUCUUAAUCGACGUUAUGACCAGUAA